UUGUCGGCGUCAUGAACCAACAGCCGUACCCUGGCCAACAAUACCCGCAGCAACCCGCUGGACAAUGCCCGCCGGGACAGCAACCUCCGCCGAGCCAAUACACACAGCAACCUGGCCAGUACCCGCCUGGCCAGCAACCUCCUCCAGGCCAGUACCCGCCUGGUCAGCAACCUCCACCAGGCCAGUACCCGCCACCCCAGCAAGGCCAGCCCAGUUAUCCGCCUCAGGCGUAUCCCCAACAAGGGUACCCACCGCAGGGAUACCCCCAGCCGGGUUAUCCACCGCAGAGCUACCCUCAACAAGGCCCUCCCCAGCCAGGUUACCCACAACCUGCAUACCCACCGCAGCAAGGGUAUGUCAUGCAACAAAGCUACCCACCGCAGCCAUACUACGGAGCUCCGCCGCAAGCCAUACCUGGACAAUACGCUCCACCGAUGCAUCCUGGUCAGUACGGCCAGCACCAACCCAUGUACGUCCAGCAGCCAGGCGUGUACCAAGCAGGAUACGGCGGCGGUCACAUGAAGGUGAACAAGCAUGGCAAAGUCAAGUACAAGGGCCACAAAGGGUUCAAGGGCUUCAAGGGUCGUGGGUUCAAACAUCGCGGGUUUAAGGGUUUCAAGUAGACGUUGGCUAGGAAGAUGUAGGAAUCGAUCUGUUCAAUGGAAUGCCUCUAACGGCGUGACCUGGCCAAACACCUUGGAUCCCAAGAAGGUCAGAUACGGCGGGGCGUCCGUCGACCCGAA